AUGCUGUACCGCUCAAGUCCUGCAGGCGGAAGUAGCGAGACGGGCUCUCCUGGUCGUUCUUCUUCUUCACAAAGACGCUCGUGGCAGGACCUCAUUGAGACACCAUUGACUGAAGCUGGACUUCACUAUCUGCAGACUGGACCUUUGGAGGAUGCGGUGUUCGCAGAGCCCGGUCUUGGGGGCGGGUCCAUGAUGAUGCUGUCUGGAGGGGUCUACACGCUGCCCGCUCAGCGGAAUGUCCCGUUACCCAUGGCGAUGCACAGGCUUGUCCCCAUGGCAACGCAGGGGGGUAAGCCGCGAAGCUUCACCCUGCCCCGCGACAGCAACUUGCACUCGCUUCUGGCUCUGCCCCCCAGAGGCGACCCUCAUGCACACAACGGUGGGAGUGAGGGCGCGUCCCUGGGAGAGCUGUUCCGGGCCUGUGAGCAGAGCGGGGUCUGUCCUCUGGGCCGGGGGUCCGAGGGCAGAGCAGACCGCGGCCAGGCCCAGUUCAGACAGUCCUUUCUGAGGCGAGCGGACGAUCCAGAGCUGAAUGAGAGGCUGCACCACCUCCGAAUACUCACCUCCACACUCAAGAAGUUACAAGAUACAGUUACUACAAGCAAGAGUGUGGAAGACAAGGAGGGGGAGCUGACGCUGAUUGACCGGUUGCUGUCCCAUCCGCAGCUCUCCUCCUCAGAGUUUAAGGAGUGGAAACGUGCGUACAAAGAGCUCUUCACUCAGGACGCUGUAGACGAGGGCGAGGAUUCUGACCCGGGACCCCCACCUCUCACCCCUUCUCUCUCCCACACGCACUCCUACAUCGAGACCCACGUUGACUGGGUCGACCGCCUCCCAUGGGUUAUACUGGGUCUUCGCUCCGCACCUAAGGAGGAUCUGCAGGCCUCGUCUGCAGAGCUGGUUUAUGGCCAGCCUCUGCGUGUCCCAGGGGAGGCUUUUGCCCCCAUACCGACGUCUCGCCACGGCCUGCCCCAGUCCUACGUGGCCAAAGCAUUGCCAACGGCCGAGUACGUAUUUAUUCGCCAUGACGGCCAUCGGGCUGUACUGCAGGCCCCUUACGACGGGCCUUUCUGUGUCCUGGAGCAAACCGCUUCAACUGGCCCAGCCCCCGCGGCGGGGGUGCCCUCCUGCCGUUGCUCCUAA